AAACGGGACGCGAGGGACGCGCAGCAAUCUCCGUUCUCCGGGAGCGAGAAUGGGAGAGGAAAACGAAAUGUGUCAAUAGAAGACUGGAAGAAUUGAAUCGGGCAAAUAAAUAAUUUGUCUUUUUAGUAUUUAUAUCGCGCUGUUUAGCACCAGAGACGUGGGAUAUUUACCUUUAACAUUAUUCUUAAUAAUAAUCGGCUGUUUUCAUUACAUAAAAUAACUGCAGAGCUAUUCGCCGCUUGGCACAAGUGGACUUCAGUGUAAGAGAAAAACACUAUACCAAAGAUAUGGAGCAGGUGUCAGAUGAUGAGCUGGACCAUGCUGCUGAAGAAGACAGCGAUAAGGAGGACCAGGAUCUGGACAAGAUGUUUGGUGCCUGGUUGGGAGAACUGGACAAACUCACACAGAGUUUGGAUGAUGGGCGUCCUGAGAAAGUGCAGAAAGCUCCUCUCAGACAGGAAACCAACCUUGCCAAUUUCUCCUACCGCUUCUCUAUGUACAACAUCAACGAAGCCAUUAACCAAGGCGAGACAGUGGACCUGGACGCCCUCAUGGCCGACCUGUGUUCAAUAGAACAAGAGCUCAGCACUAUCGGCAAACCCAUGAGCAAGCCCUUGGAUGGCAAAUCUAGACAAAGACCCACAGGCCGCUCGGCCAGCACCAAACACACCGGAGGGGGCAGCAGCGGAGGAAGCGCCAGCAGCAGCACCAGAGCGUCUCCGGCCUCCACCGUACGAGGUGGCAGCAGUCAGUCACGGCCCCUGGCCUCCAACUUCUCCCUGGAUGACAUCACUGCUCAGCUAGAAAAGGCGUCCCUGAGCAUGGACGAGGCGGCGAAGCAGACUUCCGAAUCUUCCUCAUCAUCUUCCUCCUCAUAUUCAUCUGCAACUCUCUCUCACCCGCCUUCUAACGCACAUCAUCGCCGUACAGGAUCGGUUGGGACGGUCAGUGACCAGGAAGUGCGCUCCAUCGGUCAUUCGUCCAGGUCAAGCGUCAACUCUGCCUCGGCAUCCAGCAUGGAUUCACUGGACAUUCGAGGGCAGGAGAACGAGGCGCAGUCACAGAAUCCGAACCAAAGCCAGACUAGCACAGAGCACUCGUAUCUGGACAGGGAGACCUCUCUGAUUCUGAAAAACAUUGCAGGAAAACCCUCUCACCUGCUGACCAAGGAAGAACAGGCUGCCAAAGCCAAGGCUGAGAAAAUCCGCGUGGCGUUAGAGAAAAUUAAAGAAGCCCAGGUUAAAAAGCUGGUGAUACGUGUACAUAUGUCAGAUGAGAGCUCAAAGACCAUGAUGGUGGAUGAGAGGCAGACGGUCAGGCAGGUGCUGGACAGUCUGCUGGAUAAAUCUCACUGCGGUUACAGUCCGGACUGGGCCCUGGUUGAGACCAUACCUGAGCUACAGAUGGAGAGAAUUUUUGAAGACCAUGAGAACCUUGUGGAGAACUUGCUCAACUGGACCAGAGACAGUCAAAACAAACUCAUGUUCAUUGAACGGAUUGAAAAGUAUGCACUUUUCAAAAAUCCACAGAACUAUUUACUUGGGAGGAAGGAGACCUCUGAGAUGGCAGACAGAAACAAGGAGGCAUUGCUGGAGGAAUGUUUUUGUGGAAGCUCAGUGUCUGUUCCUGAAAUUGAGGGAGUGUUGUGGUUGAAGGAGGAUGGCAAAAAGUCUUGGAAGAAGCGCUACUUUCUGCUGAGGGCAUCUGGCAUCUAUUUUGUGCCGAAGGGCAAAGCCAAGGCUUCAAGGGAUUUGGUGUGCUUCCUGCAGUUGGACCAUGUUAAUGUUUAUUAUGGUCAGGACUACCGGAGCAAGUACAAGGCCCCCACUGACUAUUGCCUGGCCCUCAAGCACCCUCAGAUACAGAAGAAGUCACAGUAUAUCAAAUACCUGUGCUGUGAUGAUGUCAGAACUCUACACCAGUGGGUUAAUGGCAUUCGUAUUGCUAAGUAUGGGAAGCAGUUGUAUGUCAACUACCAGGAAGCCAUGAAGCGCACAGAAGCUGCCUAUGACUGGUCUUCUCUCUCCAGUACCAGCAUCAAGUCAGGAAUAAGCUCAGUCAGUGUACCUGAAUCACAGUCAAACCACUCUAGCCAAGCAGACAGUGGUAUGUCAGAUGGUACUUCGUCCUCCCAUGCCCGUUCCCAGAGUGUAGUCAGUUCUAUCUUCUCUGAGGCCUGGAAAAGAGGGACGCAAAUCGAAGAGAGUACAAAGGCAAGGCCAGAAUCAAUGCGUUCUACCCAUUCAAGCCAUAGCAGCCAUUCUUCUCAUCAUGUGCCUCAACAGCAGCAUCCACACACAGUGCCACAGCCACAUCCAAUUCCACAGUCACGUGGAAGUGUCACCCAGGCACUGACACAGGCACCAAUACAGACACCGAUACAGGCACCGGCACAAAUACCACCCCAGGCAACUCCACCCCCACCACCUCCUCCACCACCACCACCUCCUCCACCCCCACCUCCUCCUAUUUCCAGUAUCCCCUACCAUGCCACACCUACCAUGUUUGCCAAAUACAGCACUAUCACUCGGCUGCAGAAUGCCUCUCAGGCCACAAGUCACCACAAGCCUCAGCCUCAAGUCCAGCAGCAAGUCCCACCGGCCUCCAAACAACAAUCAAACAAUAUUCCACCAGGGGCUAACAUACCACCCCCUCCUCCUCCACCGCCACCUGCCCCAGUGCCUCCACCUGGAUCAGCCAUGGCUGUUUUGAAGCUUGGUCCUCCAGCCCCAGCAACAGCUCCUCAGACCUCCCCUCCUCCUCCCCCCUCACCUCCAACUCCACCACCUCCUCCCAUAAUGCCCAUGCAGUCACAGUAUCUACCGCCUCCACCUCCCAUAAUGCCAAUGCAGUCUCAGCCUCUACCGACUCCACCUCCCAUAAUGGCAAUGCAGUCACAGCCUUUACCACCUCCUCCUCCAAUAAUGGCAAAGCAUUCACAGCCUUUACAACCUUCUCCACCCAUAAUGCCGGUGCAGUCACAGCCUUUACCAUUUCCUCCUCCUCCUAUAAUGCCCGUGCAGUCACUGCCUUUACCACCUCCUCCACCCAUAGUGUCAAUCCAGUCACAACCUCUGCCACCUCCUCCACCCCCUCUUCAGGGUAAUGGCCUUCCCCCUCCUCCACCACACUCGACAGUACAGUCACCUUUCAUAACCAAUGGACUCAAGAAGGUCCUUGCCCAUAAAUUUCCCAAUGUCCCCCAGGAUAUAAUACCCCUAGCCAAUCAGAUCCAUUCUCCUCCUCCCCCUCCACCACCGCCACCACCCCCAUCAUCAGCACCUACACUCCCUCGCCAACAGCAUAUUGCUACAGCUCCAAAUCCACCACCACCUCCACCAGCCCCCAUGCAGGUGCCAAUUCAACCUGCCGUUUUGCCCAAAACUUUCACUGGUGGAUUUCCACCCCAGACUGCACCAAAACCUUCGUAUGGCAUUCUUCCAGUAUCCCCAGUACCUCCAGCACCUCAAGCUCCAGCACCACCUCCCCCACCCCCACCUCCUCCUCCACCUCCAGCACCAUUGAAGAACCAACCCCCACCUACACUUCCCAAGCAGCACAGCAUCUCCAAGACACUACCCUUCUCCAACCAAACCUCCUCAGUGCCAUCUCUGGUUAAGCAGCUUGCUAGCCAGUUUCCUGUUGCAUCUCCUGCAAUGACCAAUCAAACUGAGUCUCAAAGUAACAAAGCUCCCCAGUCCCUACCUGCAGUGAAGGCUAAACCAAAAUGGCAGCCUGUAGGUCAAGGCCAGCAGCAACAGAGGUCACCUGAAUUUCCACCACCUCCUCCAGAGAAUACCCUUGCCUUUCCUUCACCACCACCUCCGCCACCACCACCUCCUCCUCCGGGUACUACCCCUCCUCCUCCUCCACCUCCUCCCCCUCCGGGUACUACCCCUCCUCCUCCUCCACCUCCUCCCCCUCCGGGUACUACCCCUCCUCCUCCUCCACCUCCUCCCCCUCCGGGUACUACCCCUCCUCCACCUCCUCCUCCUCCGGGUACUACCCCUCCUCCUCCUCCACCUCCUCCUCCUCCGGGUACUACCCCUCCUCCUCCUCCGCCUCCUCCUCCUCCGGGUACUACCCCUCCUCCUCCUCCACCUCCUCCUCCUCCAAUGUCAGGCUCCCUUAUAAGGAAGUCCCCUUCUAACUCAUCUGCAGGUGUCAAGAAACCUCCAUCGACAACUCAGUGCAACUCCAGUGCGAAGUACAAUGCCUCGGUGGAGUACCAGGAGUCCCGUAUGAACUUGGUGAGCAAGUUUAACCCUAGUCCAUCAUUGGCAUCAAGCUCCAGUAGCUCACCCUCCAAAGAGCUUUCCACAGGUCCUCGGGCACCCCCCAAACCAGGAAAGCUCAAUCUGGCAAAUCUUCCUUUGGCUUUGCAGAACAAAUUUAAUCAAAACCGCCAACCCACUGCAACCUUUCCAUCCCCUCCACCCCCAGAAAAUGACAUCUUUCCCCCUCCCCCACUGGAGUCUGACCUCCCUCCACCACCUCCCCUUCCAGGUGAUCCAAAUGGUUUGUCUCCGAAAGUGGCUGUGGUCAAUCCUCAGCCCCAGCCUCCUUGGGGCAAGAGUUCCCUGAAAAAGACACAACCUCCAGCGUCAAUUCGCUAUAACAACACUAUUAGAGAGACUCCACCACUCUCACCACCUUGCAUACAAGGGGGCCCUAUUCCCCCUUCUUCUCCCAAAGGCACCACGCAGCCAAACUUCAUGGAGGACCUUCACAAGACACUGAAACGUAAGUCCUCGCGAGUCUCUGGAGACAAAGUGGACCCUGUGGCCACAAUGGAUGACAUGGCUUUGCCACCACCUCCACCUGAGCUUCUGAAUGAUCAACAGAGACACAGUGGUAGUGGCUUCAUGUCCGGGAAUAUCUCAGGCUAUGCAACACUACGGCGAGGGCCUCCUCCUGCUCCACCCAAGCGGGACCACAGCACCAAACUCACAAACUGAGAAAACUGCAGCUUUUCCUGGACACUCUUGCUUGCUAUUUACAUGUUUUUCUCAUAGAAGCCAUCAUUUUGUUGGUAUGCUCAGCUUUUUCUGUACAAAACCGCUCAAGAAGUUUCAGCUUUACUGUGACUUUGUGACAGUGCAUCAGUUCCAGUUCCAGACAACUGAGUGAUUCCACUUCAACACCUUGGUACUGCAUGGAAGACAAAACUACAUUAAACUGUUAAUCUUACUGAUUUUUGGGAAGAUAAACUUUUUCAACUUUGAGAUUGGGUGGGAUUUUGAUUUUAUUUUAUUUUUUUAUAUUAUCGAUUAUUUAAUAAUCUUGUAAGAGAUUUUGUUAUUUCAGACUGAAGUUUUUAAAUGGUUGGAUGGUUGUUGUUUGAGGAGUUUUAGAUGGGUAGGUUGAAUUAGACUGUGUUUGGCUGGUAUAUUAGUUUGGCAAAUCUUUGGCCAUUUAUGUGGCAGAUCAAGUGCUCAAUGGAUGCAUCUAGAAUGGAUCUUGAUCACUAUUGCUCUUUGUGCAUUUUAGUUGUAUUUGUCAGAACUGUAACAUGAAGGACUUGUUGUUCAGGGAGUUGCCCCAAUGUCUAUUUCUGUGAGACUGUGGAAUGUUUGCUUCUUUAUUUGUAUUUUUUAUUUUCAUUAGACCUGUUAAAAUUGUAGAUAUUCUCAUUUGCUGCAGUAUUUGUCAGCUUUGUCUAGGUAAAACAAUUGACUGCCUUGCUGUUCCUUGUUGGUCCUUACUUCCUCUAGUGAACAUUCAAGCUGACAUUUACAAAUUAUUCGCUUAUGAAGAGAUGGACUUUUAAGUCAUGUGACUGAAUGACACAAUCAUUAUUCACAUAGAUUUAUCCUAUAUCCUGUAUUAUAACCUAUAUUAUUGGCUCACAAAUACGGCCAUGCCUUAAGAUUCUAGAACAUGUGUAUCAAACAACUGAUCAAAAUAUCCUCAUCUUGUAAAAAGAGGCCAUAAGGAAGUUCAAUUUCCCUGUAGGUUUUACUUGUUGAAGGAUUCUGGCUCAUUUUCUCCAUUCAGACAUGACGUGCAACUUCAGAAUCUUACAGUGAACACCUAUACUUGGCAUAUGUACAAACAAUUAUGCAUAUUAACGCAUGUCCACAUUUCAUUUUUGAAGAAUUUGUUUAUUGAAUGUAUUUACAAUAUCAUGAAACUUUUCAGGUUGUUGAGAAGUGACUAACUGAAGUUAAUAUUAAAUUAUUAAAGUAUCCGGUCAUGAUCCAUCAAAGGUCAGUGAACAUCUUGCUCUGCGUAUCCCUCUGCAAAAUGUGUAAUUUUAACUGAAAUUAUACAUGUUGAUAUCA